UUUAGUUUUGUUUAUUGAGAUGCGAGUAUUGUUGGCUUGCUUGUUUAUUCGAGAUAUAGAUAAGAAGCCUAAGGAAAGGAGGAUUUGGAGAGAAGUGAGGAAUGAGGACCCAGUGGGCCAUUCUGGGGCGGCCUCCAAACCCCUGAUUCCAGGGAGGUAUAGAGUGUUUCCCUCCUCAGGCCGGCCAUGGAGAGCCCUCUUCUUGAACUAACAUCUGAGGGGAACCCUCCGCCAGUGUCCGCCUUUGAGAGGCAGGUCAGGCGACGAAAAAUCAUCAUAUACAGGCCUGCUGCUGAGGAGCAAGGAUCCACCUCCCUAUGCCCGAAGCCCCUUCAGAGAAACAGAAUGUGCCCCCUCCUGGGUGGCGAUGCAGAGCAGUUGCCCAGCAAGAGGCAACGGCUUCAGCUGGGGUCUCCCGAAAGGGCGGAAAGGAAUGGAGAGGUUUGCAGUGGGACAGGAGAGACCUUGUGGUGUGUGGCAUCUCCCAUGGAGAAAAAGCAGAGGAAGGUGCUGGCUGUCAACCUGGAAGAUUUUUCGACGACUCAAAUGCUUGAUGAUCCUCAAGGGGGCUCCCCUCUGCAAAGACCCGCAACGCCUCCCUGCACCACCCCCCUCCAGCCAGCAACUACGAAUGAAGACAGAGCUUCCGGCUCAACAAAGGCUGAAAGCAGCACUGUGUGCAGGUCAUCUCCCACUGAGGGGUACUCUCCAUCCCAUCAGGAGCCUCAGGAGAGGCUGGCUCAUGCAUGCCGGCAGCUCUGGGACAAGAGGCCGUCUCCCCUUCAGUGUCGUGAGUCUGAGCGCCUGCAAGCCAAGAGGCAGCGUCUUCAGAAGGGAAUUUCCCUGGCAAACGGGAGUGAAGGGACAAAGACCUCCCCGCUGGAGACAGCUCGUCGGCGGAUCCUGGCCAUCAGUCUGGAGGACUGUUCCUUGAACCGAAUGCUGGAUGCCGGCGUUGGCAAGGAGCAGCAGGAGACCUCCCCAUCCCCCUGCGGGAGCAAUCAACUGAUAGUGCCUCACCAAUUCUCUCCAGAUGUGGGCAACCCAACCCCUCAAGACCCACAAGAUCACUGUCAUCAAACAGAUGCAGCUGCUGAAGCUCCCUCCUCCUGGCCACCUUCAGCUGCCACGCUCUUGCGUCCGUCGGUGGUCCCCCAUUUCCGGCACUGGGGAUUGGUCCCCGUCUUCCAGAGCAUGCGUUCCAAACUGGAGGCCUUUGCUGACAUCUUUCUGAGCCCAUCCAAGCCUUCCCUUCCAUCCACAGAGGGGCCCCCCUCCCUGCCCCCCUGCCCCCCUGGAAAUGAGGACCAGGCCGCAGCUCAGCCAGUUACCCCACGCCAAGGAGUCAACAUUGAGGUAAAAAUCGCCAUUUCAGAACCACGCCCCCGGAAGAGGAGCUGCCACCAUGAAGAGGAGGAGGAAGAAGAGAUGGGCAGCAUGGUGGUGAGCGGACGGCCCCCUAUCCGCCAGUGGCGCCUGAAUGAAGGAGACACAGCUCCCCAGCCCCGCCUUGGACGCAGCUACUCCUGCCCUGAUUUUCCUGGAGCCUGCUCUUGGCAAGCUUCUCCUGCGACCCUUUCGCUCUCUGCACAGCUGCGACAGCGCCGGCACACUGUCUGCAGCCUGGAAGUGUCCCGGGAGCUGGGCCGCCCCACCCCACCCUGCCUACGCAAGGAGGUGUAUCCUUUCAGCACACCGCCUGCUCACCUCUUGCUUGGUCCCGCAGUACACACUCCCCACUGCGAUGGUUCCUCCUACGCCUCCCCUGUGCCUUCCUGCUGCUGUGAAUCUGACCCAGCUCAUUCCAGGGACGUCUCUCCAUCCCCAGAUCAUGGGCAGAGAGUGUCUGGGGUUGGCCUGGAUGUGGUUGACUCGGAGUUGCUCACAUCAGAACAGAUGAUGCUUUCGGAAGCUGGGAUAAAGGGGUCCCAAGACAACUCCAUAGGGAAGGUAUCCUCCAUAAGGAUCCGCAAGACACCAGCCAGGCAGCAAGCAAAUCUCACUCCCAUGGGGCUUCCCCGGCCUGUCAGGUUGAACAAGAAAGAGUUUAGCCUGGAGGAGAUCUACACCAACAAGAACUACCGCACACCCACGGAGAAGAGGUCAUUUGAGACCAUCUUUGAGGUGCCACUGGAACGCAACGGAGCGCUCAUCUUCACCAGCCAACGUAAGCUGAAGCGGGCCAUGGAGUUCCGGGAGGGAGGUCUUCCCCGCAAGCAACGCAAAGCCCGCUCCCGAGGGGGUCGCAGGGCAGGAGGACGGCGGGCUCAGCCCCAGUCUCUUGAGCUGGAGGAGAUGCUGCAGCAGCGGCUGGCUGAACUGGAUGCCUUGUUUGAGGAAGAAGAGCGCUGAGUUCUGAGCAGGGCCUAAAUCUGUAUCAAGGAAAGGGCACAGCACCCUUAGGAGCUCAGACGCCAUCUAAACUAGCAAGAGGUUGCUUUUUAAAAACUACCAAAAUCGCCAUUACCACUCCAAGCUUCUCCUGUGGUGCUCUUUAUUCUCUUCUUCCCCAGCUAAUUGGUCUUCUGUGACUGUUGCCUCAUUCUCCAUUGAUGUUAGAUCACUCUCCAAGCCAAGGAUAAUAUUGCCACUAUGAAAAUGGGGGUUGAGUGUCAUUCAACGCCAUCUGGCCAAUCGCCACACUGCCUGCUUUGGCACCAUGCCAGUCCCUUUCUUCUCAGCUCUUUGGCUCACGAGCACAAGGGGAAGAACGUUUGUGGUGCCCAAAAGUUGUUUCUUCUUUGCACUCUUCCUCCUAUGCACAAUUGGAUCACCAGUGCCUCGCAUAGGAGGAGUGCAUAGGUCUAAUGCCCAGUGGUAUUGUGCCAUCUACCAGUUGUUUAGGCCAGCAAGGGCUGUGCCUAGCCAGGUGAGGGGCAAGUUGCCCAUUUUUGAGAUGCCAUCCCUAUCAAAACAAAUACGAAUGCAGAAUGUACAAGCCCAUUGGAUGAGAAGGAUAAAGAAAGGGAUUGUGGGAAAGAAUCAGCAGAAGCAGGUUUUGUUAUGGGGCAGGUGAUGAAAUGGUGCAAGGGAUGAUGUAGCUAUAGGCUGGGAAAAGGGGUAUGUGUCCAAUUGUUAAAGCAUGGACAUUGCACAGCCGGCUGGAGAAUCCCUUAGCGUCUCUGUCCUGGAUCAGGGCCUCUGUAUUCCUGGUUUAGAUCAACUUGCUGGGACUAUGUUCUGUUAGGCGUGAGGUGUUUUUUGUUUUCAUUUUUGUAUUAAUCUAUAUUUCUAAUAAACUUUUCAGCUUGGGGCAAGAAAAAAUGUAUUUUUGAUUGCU